CUUCCCAGCGCUCCCCGCGCUGUGCGCGGCGCCUCGCGAACGUGGGGUCAAGGCGCGGGGCGGAGCGGCCGGGAAGGCGCCAUGCGAAGGGGCGAGCGCAGGGGCGCUGGGGGGCCGCGGCCGGGGUCUCCGGUACCCGCGGGCAAAGCUGCGCUGGAGGAGCCGCCAGACGGCGCGCCCGCGGGCCGAGCGGCCGGGCCGGGUGCGGGCCGCCGCAGCACCGAGUCCGAGGUCUACGACGACGGCACCAACACUUUCUUUUGGCGAGCCCACACCUUAACCGUGCUCUUCAUUCUCACCUGUGUGCUUGGCUAUGUGACUCUGCUGGAGGAGACGCCCCGGGACACGGCCUACAACACCAAGAGGUGACCGGGCCCCAAGGUAUUGUGGCCAGUAUUUUGGUUUUCUUAUGUUUUGGAGUCACACAAGCUAAAGACGGGCCAUUUUCCAGACCUCAUCCAGCCUACUGGAGGUUUUGGCUCUGUGUUAGUGUGGUCUACGAGCUGUUUCUCAUCUUCAUACUCUUCCAGACCGUCCAGGAUGGCCGCCAGUUCCUGAAGUAUGUGGACCCCAGGCUGGGGGCCCCACUGCCCGAGAGGGACUACGGGGGAAACUGCCUCAUCUAUGAUGCGGACAACAAGACCGACCCCUUUCACAACAUCUGGGACAAGCUAGAUGGCUUCGUGCCUGCACACUUUCUUGGCUGGUACCUGAAGACCCUGAUGAUCCGCGAGUGGUGGAUGUGUACCAUCAUCAGCGUCAUGUUCGAGUUCCUGGAGUACAGCCUGGAGCACCAGCUGCCCAACUUCAGCGAGUGCUGGUGGGACCACUGGAUCAUGGACGUGCUCAUCUGCAACGGGCUGGGCAUCUACUGCGGCAUGAAGACCCUCGAGUGGCUGUCCCUGAAGACAUACAAGUGGCAGGGCCUCUGGAACAUUCCAACCUACAAGGGCAAGAUGAAGAGGAUUGCGUUCCAGUUCACACCUUACAGCUGGGUCCGCUUCGAGUGGAAGCCUGCCUCCAGCCUGCGCCGCUGGCUGGCCGUGUGCGGCAUCAUCCUGGUGUUUCUGUUGGCAGAGCUGAACACGUUCUACCUGAAGUUUGUGCUGUGGCUGCCCCCCGAGCACUACCUGGUCCUCCUGCGACUGGUCUUCUUUGUGAACGUGGGUGGCGUGGCCAUGCGGGAGAUCUACGACUUCAUGGAUGACCCGAGGCUGCACAAGAAGCUGGGUCAGCAGGCCUGGCUGGUGGCAGCCAUCACAGCCACGGAGCUGCUCAUCGUGGUGAAGUAUGACCCGCACACGCUCACGCUGUCCCUGCCCUUCUACAUCUCCCAGUGCUGGACACUCGGCUCUGUGCUGGUGCUCACGUGGACCGUGUGGCGUUUCUUCCUACGGGACAUCACCCUGAGGUACAAGGAGACCCGCCGGCAGAAACAGCAGAACCGUGGUGACCAGGGCACAGCUGUGGGCCACAUGCAUGGGCCCCCACCUGGGCCAGAAGACCCCGAGGUGACCUGGCGCCUGGACAGAGGCUCACGGUGCUGCCUGCUCCAGUCCAUGCGCUCCGGGCCACACUGGGCCCUGCUGGCCCCCAUCGGCCCCCUAGACCAUGUAUGAGGGAUGAUAGCCCUGGGAUACUAGACAGCCAGAAGGAGCCCUCGCCUGGCCCAACUGUUGGGGGUUGGAGGUGUCACUGACAGGCCUGAGGGGCAUUGAGGCAGGAGCUGGAAGGCCUAGUGCUCCAGGUCAAGGAGGGGCUGCAGGACCUCCGUGGCCUGAGCCGAGGGUCACGUCCAUGAGCAAACAGAACAAAUAAAGCAACUGAGGACUGCA